CUAGAUCCACAGUCUCAGCUCAGUUAAUGAUUCACUGACAGUAUGAAGAGCUACUUGAAAACUAUGUUGCUGGUCGGACUGGCAUCCCUGCUUUUAGUAGCCCAGGCAGAAAUAGCUUUGACCUCGGCGGAUGCCCUCUCUGCUGCCAUAGAGUUCUACAACAGGGCUUCUGAGCAUGACAACGGAUUCAAACAAGCAAGUCUGCUGCAGAGCCUGAGAACCGUAGAGGAUGGAUCCAGUGAGCAUUACAAGCUGAAGUUCAACCUUCAGGAGACAGUCUGCCUAAAAUCAGAGAACUACAAAAAGCCUAAUUGCACCUUCAUGGAGAACGGACUGCUGUUAAAGUGUUCAGCAUUAGUUUCUGUUCUGAAGGAAUCCUCAGGUGUUGCCAACAUUGCAGUGACCUGUGACACAAGCAUCCCUGACAAGCAAGAGGAGGCACGAGUGAAGAGAGGCGUCAAUGGAACUAGGGGGCGAGGGGGUGGCCGUCCAGGUGGUAGAUCUUCCAUUGGCAAACCUGACAAGCACUGAACAGUCUUCCUCAUGCCAUUGAAACAACUUGACAAAAUAACCGUUUUAACUAUUACCAGCCCCAUUGACUGUACUGCACACACACACACACACACACACACACA